AUGUUUCGGUGCUUAUCAAAUUAUUCGAAGGUCAUAAAAUUAGCAAAUGUUCGCUCUUUUCCCACUUAUCGUCUCGUUGCUAUGAAUUCCACAUAUGAAGCCAACAAAAAUGAUACUUCAUCUAAGCGCAAUUCGAUUAAUGAUGGCACAAAAUAUGUUAGAAUUGCUGCCAUGUUGAUCACAGCUCUUAUUGGUCUUCGACUUAUCACUUCCGUAUUCGUUGGAAAAAGUCACGAAAGCUUUGGUGAUACUUUCAAAUCGAAUGCUUUUUCAUGGCCUCAACAUUAUAAUAUAUUUUUGUCCCAAGAUAGACUGGAUGUCAACAAUGAAGAUGAUGAAAUUUCAACGGAUGACAUUUGA